AUGGAAGAUUUAAAGGAAAAAUCCUCCGAUGGAAGUCUACACGGAGUUAAAUUUCGUUACUACAUCCCAAAGGAUGAAAACUUAAGAAAACUCUAUAAAAACUCCCUGGAGGACUAUUCCGAAAUAGAAACUACGGUGGAUGCUCAAAUUGACGAAUGUAUACAAAAUUAUGAGUCAGAGGACGCUUUAUCGCUGGUAAGGCCUUCUCGCCAGAAUUGGGACAUUAAACGUGAAUUGAAUCGCAAAAGACAGAUUUUAUCUGCAAAAACUGACCUAGCAAUUUUGAAGUUGCUCCACGAAAAUAAGAAUAAAGACCAAGUUCUCAUACAACAUAUGGCACAAGCGGAACCAGAGGAUUCCGAUGACAUGGAACUUGAAUAA